AUGUUCACAAUACGCCAAUCCUCUUUCCGCGUGGCUCGUCUUUCCGGAGCUCGCUCGUUGUCCAACUCUUCUCGAGUGCUCAGUGGUCACCACCACGCUGAACACCAUGAUGAACAUCACGAUGAUCACGGCCACCACCAUCAUGGUCCAGAACUAGCAGAAGAACAACAUCUUCUUAAUCCAUGGACCCGCUACUUGCUUGCUGCUAGUGCCGGUAUCUUUGGUAUUUACUAUUUCAACAAAUCUUAUGAAGAAAAGAUGGGCAAGACAGUAUUACAAUCCAUCAUGGGUGCUCAAACUACUGCUGAAGAAACAGAAGUCCAACAAAAAGCUUACUUUGACCGUGUGGCUGCCACCCAGAGCUUGUUCAAGUUGUUCCAAUUGAACCAACCGGAAAAAGUUUUCCAUGAACUUACCAAUGAAAGAGUUAUUCCUCGUGGAUCUACCAGAAGUCUUGUGCCUGGUACAUACAUCGAUCCAGAAGAAGUGGGUGCUAGAAGGGAACGUACCAAAUAUUUCAAAGAUUUAUAA